AGAAGCUUUAAAGAGAAAACUGGGCAACAUUUCAGCUCUUAUGUCACAUGUAUUAGUCCUAAAGAUAUAUUAAACAUCACAGAUACGUUUCAUUUACCUCUAACCUCUGUUGGAAAGCUAAUUAGGCUAACGAAGCUAAAUGAGUCCCUCCAUUAAAGUCUCCAUCCAGCUGUGAAUCAAACCAGGCGGAGAGGAGGAGGAACCAUGACGAGUUUUGCUAGUCAAGUAUUUUGCAGGGUGGAGAGGAUAUGCCACCAUCUCCCUGUGCUCCUCAACACCUUCCUGGUCUUCUCCAUCACCGGGGAGGUCAGCUACCUGGUCCUGGUCGAGGCUCCCCUGGAGGCAGAGCAGAAGAAGACUGUGUGGUCGUCCUGGUGGAAGGGGUUGCACCUGCUGGUCCAGUACUUCAUGCUGGGAAACAUCUGCUGGAACGCGCUGCUCUUCGUUAGGACCAGUCCCAGCAUCAAGGGGGUGUUCCUGGGAGGAGAGGGCAUGGGUCAGGGGUGGAGGUACUGUUACACAUGUGAGACACACACUCCUCCGCGCUGCUCCCACUGCUAUGACUGCAAAGUGUGUGUGCUGCGGCGAGACCACCACUGCGUGUUUUUUGGCCAGUGCGUGGGUUUCCGUAACUACCGUUACUUCCUCAGUUGCUUGUUGUUUAUGUGGUCUGGGCUCCUGUACGCCACACUGAUGAAUGCUGAGGUCUUCAUUGUCAUACUGAAAGAAGGCGUGACCAUGCACAGCGUGCUGCUGCUGCUCAUACCCUGGAUCAUGCUCAUUUCAGGUCAGGUCUCAGCACGUGCCUUUGCCUUUGCCUUCAUCGCUGACACGUGUGUGGUGGGCUUCCUGCUGGUGUCCGCCUUCUUCUUCUUCCAUCUCUUCCUGCUGUUUCGGGGACAGACCACCAGGGAGUGGUACUCAUCACGCAGACCCUACAACCUGGGACUCUUUGGCAAUCUGCGUCACACCCUGGGCAUUCGCUGGUACCUCUGCUGGCUCUGCCCGCUCAUCUCAUCACCUUUACCUGGGGACGGGAUAAACUUCCAGGUCACAGGAUCACUGGAACCUACCCGGUAACAGCUGAACGUCAGAGUUUUAACAGGCCUUUACUUCAAUGGUGAUGGGUAACAUUAUUGAGAGUGGCAGCAAGGAAGAUCACCUUGUUUCAAUAAGAGGAAGAAGGGGUAUAGGAGGGAUGAAACAAGAAUAGUAUAUUGGAGUGUUACUGGGUAUAAUGGUCUACCAGUAUCUUUACCUGCUAAUUGUGGGUUUACUGUUGUGAAGGUGCAGUGAUGCUGCCUUACCUGAAGGUUAUCUGUGCACUCAGUGAGGCUAGCCUCAGAUUAUUAACACAGAAAUAAGCACUGUUCACCUGGAGUACUGAGCACUGAAAAUAUGGGUUUGCUGAAAAUGAAUGUAUUUAUUGAUUGUGAAAAAAAUAAAAUUUUAAAUCUUUACAAGCAAUCACUAUUGCUGACAAGAAGGCUUGGGUGGCAUCAUAUUGAGAUCUGCGAGAGCAACAACUUAGCUGGGCUGUCCCCAAGUUGCCUGAUCUGAAGUUCAUAAAAAUGUGGCGUCCACUGUUCCUGGGUACACCCAAGGACUAUAAAAUACACCAUCAUUACACUACUGUAUGCUGCUGUGUGUUAGUUACUUGGACCAUGAUGUGCUGGUGUUUUCCACUCUAGCUCCAACUCAAGUCCUAAUUGAGCUUGUUAUUGAAUUGUGUGUACCAAGUGGGACAUUGAGAGGGGAUUCAAAACAAUGUCUUAACUGUUAAAUUACAACUACAGGAUGGCAUGUGUAAGCCCUGAAGAUAAUCAUCAUCAGAAAUCAUACAUUCUGUUGCAGUUUACAAAUUAAGUAAUUUAGUGAAAGCAGUAUUUAAAAUCAAACUGUCAGUUUUAGUAAGGGACUAUUACAGAUGUUUAACAACAUGGCAUGUACUCUCUUACAGCAUUUAAUGACAACUGGACUGGUUACCUCAAACUUCUUUUUAUCUCCAUUUGCACUUUUAUAACCACUCUUAAUUCUCCUGGCCUUAAAGUGUGCCAACAAUUACUUUAUUUCAAGGUUGUUUUUUUUCUUCCAAAAGUUAUAUUAAAGCCAAAAAUAUAUAUGUGUGUGUAUAUAUAUAUCUAUACAUAUGUCUCUUUCAUUUAUUUCUUUGGUAGUGUUUCAUUUA